AUGGCCACCCCACCGCCGCCGGGCACCAACAUGACGGCAGCCAUAGCAGCGGCUGUGGCGCAGGGCAUGAGCGAGGAGGAGGCCCGUGAGGCCGUGACCCAUGCGGGCCACGAGUCCAUGCACUCUGCCAUGUUCUUCAUCCUUGUCGCCGCCAUGAUCGGGGCACAGAUCGGUCUGCAUCUCUGGAAGUCGCGCCAUGCCCGCUCCUACCAUAUGGUCUCUCUCCUGGGUCUCUGGCUCUUCCCGGCCAUCCUCUCGCUCUAUCACGGCUACGGUCGCAUGCUCGUCGUCUGGAUCACCUUUACCGUCGUCACCGCAUGGCUCGGCUUCAAGGCAUCGCGCAAGCCUCUCCAUCAACGCACUCCUCGCCUCGUCUACACAUGGUUCUCUGCCUUUUAUCGCCUCUUCUACGCCAUCGGCGUCAUCGGCUACAUCCUCGUCAUGGCAGAGUUCUUUGGCGUCACACACCUCCUCUCAGACUCGCACUCGCUCGCCUACUACGGCUCCCUCAUGCUCUUCUAUGGCCUUUACUAUGGCGUUCUCUCUCGCGAUGCGGCAGAGCUCGCCACCUCGUCCAUGGCUGUCUCCAUGGGCAUCAAGACCGGUAAGGACGACGGCCUCGCAUCACGCCGCUUCAAUCCCGACGUCUGCGCCAUCUGUGGCGACGGCCUCGACCGCUUUGAUGAGACCGAAAAGGUGUGCGAGCUCGACUGCAAGCACGCCUUUCACGAGUUCUGUAUCCGCGGCUGGACCAUCAUCGGCAAGAAGGACACCUGCCCGUUCUGCACCGAGAAGGUCAACCUCAAGGCCAUGUUCCGCAACCCGUGGGAGUCGCAGUCCAUCUUCUGGGGCAAUCUCCUCUCCGCCAUCCGCGCCCUCGUCGUGUGGAACCCGCUCAUCGUCCUCACAGUUCAGCCAAUGUCCGAGAGCGAGAUCGAGAGCGACGGACCCGUCCGCGACCACGACACAGCCAUCGGGUGGAUGAACGAGUCCGACGGCAUGAGUAGCGGCGAUGUCGACCGCGACCGGAGCAUGUGUGGCGGCGGCGACGCUGCCGACGAUGUGUGGCUGUCCGAAAGUGAGUCUGACGACGACGCCGACGACAGCAGCGACCGCAUCGACGCCGCAGUCCGCAGUGCCGGGACGCCGAUCUGA